GCUGAAACUCUUCUAGAGGUAUAAUAGACAUAUCUGUUGUCUUGACGGAGUAUCUAGCAUGUGUCUACAGGAGUCGAUGUCCUCCUUUCAUCCUUCGGUCACUCAUACUCCUCUUCAUCAUAUGUCACCGAUAAAACAUGGGCUCUACAUGAACAAAUCGACCAGAAAUGUGCCCUGUAUCGCACCGAGUAACACUCACAACAGAUAUGCAAGCUAGAAAUAUCGAGAACAAUGCACCUAUUGUACAUUACUGCCGCCUGUAUCGCGGAAAGGUCUGCCCUCAUGUUCCCUCGUUGCCGGCUGACAAAUACAAAAUUGAACCGCCUCCGCACCUCAAAACCCGCGGGUUACAAAUGUUCAUUAUCGAUUAAUGAGACGAGUAUAAGUCAACCAACAAAACACAUCAUCGGACCGUAGUCGUACACGCUAAUGCUGUUGAAACCAACCCAGCGUCUUCUCGCAGCCAUGACGAACUACAACAUCACCAUCACCAGCGACAUCGUCUGCCCGUGGUGCUACAUAGGACACACCCGGCUAUCCAAGGCCAUCGCCGAACACAAAAAGACCUAUCCAGAGGACAAAUUCCACAUGAAAUAUCUUCCAUUCUAUCUCCAGCCACCACCGCAGCUCACAGCCAGUGGCCCUGCACCGCCACCGUUUCCAGCAACCUCGCGUCCCCGCCGCGAGCACUAUGCCGCGAAGUUCGGACCCGAGCGCGCCAAACAGAUCGAGCAGAUGAUGAUCCAAACGGCCGCCGGCGAAGGUCUCGAUUUCAAGUUUGGCGGCAUGACAGGCGUCUCGCGAAACGGACACAGAUUGGUCCACUGGGCCCAAAACCGUGGUGGCGAGGAGGCACAGAACGAUGUCAUGCUCGGCUUGUGGAGACGAUAUUUCGAGCAAGAGGUCGACAUCACCACGCUCGAAACUUUGAUCGAGGUUGGCCUCGAAGCUGGCCUGGGCACCAAGGAGGAAAUCAAGGCGUACCUGGAAAGUGGAAAGGAUGGGGAGGAAGUUGAUCGAAUCGCCGACGAGGCGAGGAUGAAGGGCAUCAGCGGCGUCCCGAAUUAUGAGAUCAAUGACACGUGGGAGGUCAGUGGUGCGCAAGAGCCUCUGGCGUUCAAACGACUGUUCUCGAGAUGGAAGGAUAUGGAGAGCAAAGGACAGGUUGGUGGCAACGAUGGGAAGACAGCGAAUGGAAAUGGAUGUUUGUAGAAGAGCGAUAUCUGUGUUUCAACAUACUCAGCAAGCAGGGAGAACGAGUUGAAAUUGGUAUAGGGAUGAAUAUUAGCCUUCGACGGCCGUAAAUAUACUCUGCAAUUUUCUUUUGUACAAUAAAUAGUGUGGGAUGAACUGAUACCACGUCCUAUCCUGCCUUGAAUAACAAUCUACAUUUCUCAAAG